AUGGGACGAAACUGGCUAGCGUUUUCACAAGCCUCCACUGAGGUCAAGACCGAGUUUCUGGGUCUUCGAGGCCAGAAGCUCCACCGAGCCGUGGCCUUCAUUGCCGGUAUGGGUUUCCUGCUGUUCGGAUACGACCAGGGAGUCAUGGGUGGUCUGCUGACCCUCCCCCGGUUCAUCCACCAGUUCCCCAAGAUGGACACCUCCGACUACGUUCCUGAGGAGACCCGAAAGUUCAACACCACCAUCCAGGGUGUGUCUGUCGGUAUUUACGAGAUUGGAUGUAUGAUCGGCGCUCUGUUCACCAUGUGGGCCGGAGACAAACUCGGUCGACGACGUAUGAUUUUCUGGGGCUCUAUCAUCAUGACUAUUGGUGCCAUUCUGCAGUGUGCUUCUUACUCUCUUGGUCAGUUCAUUACCGGUCGAGUUGUUUCUGGUGUUGGUAACGGUUUUAUCACCGCCACUGUUCCCAUGUUCCAGUCCGAGUGUGCCAAGCCUGAGCGACGAGGAGCUCUCGUCAUGAUGGAGGGUGCCCUUAUCACCGGUGGUAUUGCCCUCUCUUACUGGAUCGAUUUUGGCUUCUACUGGGUCAACAACGAUGCCGACUGGCGAUUCCCUAUUGCUUUCCAGAUCAUCUUCUCCAUGUUCCUCACCUUCACCGUCAUGUCUCUUCCCGAAUCUCCCCGAUGGCUUGUCAAGAAGCAACGAUUCGACGAGGCUGCUGGUGUCUUCUCUGCUCUCGAGGAUGUGCCUAUUGAUGACCCUUACGUGAUUGACCAGAUCGCCGAGGUCAAGGAGUCCAUCAUGAUGGAGCAGCUUGCCCAGCUUGGUGUUGACGGAUCCGAGGCUCGAGAGAAGAUUGCCUCUGGAGAGUUCCAGAUGGGUGCUGAGCUGCCCUUCUUGGAACAGAUGAAGCUGCUCUUCACCUUUGGCAAGAAGAAGAACUUCCACCGAACCAUGCUGGCCUACUGGAACCAGGUCAUGCAGCAGAUUACCGGUAUCAACCUGAUUACCUACUACGCCGCCUACAUUUACGAGACAUCUGUUGGUAUGAACGCCACCAACUCGCGAAUUCUCGCUGCCUGUAACGGUACUGAGUACUUCCUCGCCUCCUGGGUUGCCUUCUACACCAUUGAGCGAUUCGGAAGACGAAAGCUCAUGUUGUUCGGAGCCAUUGGUCAGGCUUGCACCAUGGCUAUUCUUACUGGAACUGUCUACGCCGCUUCUCCUCCCGAGGACGGUGGACUUGACAACUCUGGCGCUGGUAUUGCAGCUGCCGUCUUCCUCUUCGUCUUUAACACCUUCUUCGCCAUUGGCUGGCUCGGAAUGACCUGGCUGUACCCUGCCGAGAUCACCUCUCUGGAGAUCCGAGCCCCCGCCAACGGUCUGUCCACCUCCGGUAACUGGGUCUUCAACUUCAUGGUCGUCAUGAUCACCCCCGUUGCCUUCGAUACAAUCAAGUGGAAGACUUACAUCAUUUUCGCCUGCAUCAACGCCGCCAUGGUCCCCGUGGUCUACUUCUUCUACCCCGAGACCGCUGGACGAUCUCUCGAGGAGAUUGACAAGAUCUUCGCCGAGUCCAACCCCCGAACUCCCUGGGAUGUUGUUGGCAUUGCCCGACGAAUGCCCCGAGAGUCUGCUCUUACCCGACGAAAGCAGGGUGUCAACCAGACCUUCGACAACUCCAACGAGAAGGCUGUGGUCGAGGAGAACACCGAGUCCGCUGUUGGCUCCACCACCGGCUCUGCCUCUCCUUCUUUUGAGAACGUUUCUCAAGCUUAA